CCCUACCACACACUGUACAUGACUCACUACGGCGAUGGCACUGAGAUGGUUCCCCUGCAUUUCUGGGAAGAUAAGCACGUAGAGGUGUUCGAGAAGUUCACGUACAACAAGCGACCGUUGGGCACGUUUCCGGGCGCGCUAAGAGACAUAAAAGAAGACACCGUUUGCUUCAAGACGAUACACUUCCAAUACGACGAUGAGAUGACCGCGCGGCUCAGAGGCCAUAGCAAUCUGCAGGCAAAGCACGAGAGCUCAAUGUCACAGAUAAGUGAUCCAUUGACAGCGGAUAAGCACUUCGUCAAUACCAAUUACUACAAAAUGCUGCAGCUUGCCAGCGGUUUCCAGAAAAAGAUGCACAAGUCAUUCAAAGUGGACCAGAUCCCAAUGAUUCCCAACCGCUGCCUAUUGAUCACACGGAGAGAAGGACGCAAUGGACACGACACAUUCCGCGAGAUCGUGAAUGAGGCAAUGGGCAAUCGCACGUGA